GUUUACACGGAUACACUGAAACUUAGCUUUCUCCUCUUCUCACUGGAUAUCCUUCAAAUAGAGAUGAAGGACAUUUAAGUGUGAGACAAGUGGCAACCCCGGCUCAUUAGAAAUAUUUGCUUUGUCUCAUUCCGUCUGCUUUAAUUGCAUUCACAAUGGGAUUACGCAUAUUUGGCACGCCAUUUUACGCAUAUGCGUGCGUCUAUUUAUUUGUUUUCAUCCUGCAAGCUGCCCAGUCUCAGAGAAAUCCAAGUACACAACAAGGAAAUAACCAGAGACCGGCUCUGCGGAAUACACUACAGUGGUCACACAACGGCAAGAUUUUUAGCAUUUUAAGCCAGGGCUCGGAGUAUCAGCCACCGAGGCGGAGGGGCGCACCUCAGGAGCAAGUGCAGGCACGACCUGUCACCAUCAUCCGAGAUGCGGACGUGAGACAUCAGGACACCCAGAGCCAGCCGGUGGCCCAGCAGCAGCAGCAGCCUCCCCGGUCGGAGUCCCACCCGCACAGCUCCGGCGGCCCCGUGCCUCUGUUCCAAAGGCUCGUCAGAGGGCACGAGCACCGCCAGCAUCACAAUGACCGGCCCGGUGAGCGCUCGGGGACGCAGAGGAGCAACAGAGCCAACGAGACCCAGGAAAAGGUCACUGUUAGUCCACCUCUGCCCAGGAGAGAAGACAUGAUGGUGGGUGACGAUCCCUACGACCCCUACAAGUCCAUUGAUAGUGAUAAUCCAUAUUACAAUCAUUAUGACGUUUACGAGAGACCGAUGCCGAGACAGAGACCCGGAUAUGGCACAAGUUAUCAUCAGUACGGUCUUCCUGAUCUUGUGCCUGACCCCUACUACAUUCAAGCCUCUGCUUAUGUCCAGAGAGUCCCAAUGUAUAACCUGAGAUGUUCAGCUGAGGAAAACUGUUUGUCAAGCUCAGCCUACAGAGCCAGUGUUAGAGACUACGACACCCGUAUGCUGCUGAGGUUCCCUCAGAGAGUCAAGAACCAGGGGACAGCCGACUUCCUCCCCAGCAGGCCACGCUACUCCUGGGAGUGGCACAGCUGUCACCAGCACUACCACAGCAUGGAUGAGUUCAGCCACUACGACCUGCUGGACGCCACCAGUCAAAGGUCGGUGGCUGAGGGCCACAAGGCCAGCUUCUGCCUGGAGGACACGUCCUGUGACUAUGGAUACUACAGGCGAUAUGCCUGCACCUCACAUACCCAGGGUCUGAGCCCAGGAUGCUAUGAUACCUACAACGCAGACAUUGACUGCCAGUGGAUUGACAUCACAGAUGUGAAACCUGGAAACUAUGUCCUCAAGAUCAGUGUAAAUCCAUACUAUCAGGUCCCAGAAUCAGACUACAGCAACAACAAUGUGCGCUGUGAUGUUCGCUACACUGGCAACUACGCCUACGUGUCAGGUUGUCAUAUGUCAUCGUAUUAAGAGCUGAGUCAUUCACAGUAGCUCAGCUGAGACGUUCUGUAAAUGACAAUGAAGAGGACUGCAUAUGAAAACAUAAAAAAAAAAUUAAAAAAACAUAAAAUUCGUAAGACUUGCAUUCAUUUUAUAAUUUAAAAUACUCUCAAUUUAGAAAUCUGUCUUCAUAGUGCCAGAUAAUUUUGAAUUCUUUUCUUGUGUGGGAAAGUAGUUUUUUUUUCUUCUCCUUAGUGAAAAGUAUAUUCUUCUCUUAACUUUUCUUUGAGAUUUUUUUCAUUUUACUUACUUCUAUUGCAUUGUACUGUAUGCUUGCAUUUCAUACUGCUUCUAAGAUAGUUAGAUGAAAUUUAGAGGCCUAAAAUAGCUAAAUACACACAUAAGCCGGCUUGCCCUCAUUGUUAGGUCAAUAUCAGUUAUAUCACAAUUUUAAAAUGAACCACUUGUUUAAAGGAAAAUGUAUUUGUUAUAUUUAUAUGCAACGGAAGAAACUCUCUUUACUCCAAAGCUUUUGAUGAAACUUGAAUAAAACUUUGUGAUAUUAUAUCGCUGUU